AUGGAGAUCACGGAAAGUAGCCUGGGAUCAUUCUCCCCAGAUAUCUCACUUUCUGCUGCGCCAUCUUAUGCAUAUGCGCUAGGUUUAACCCAAUUCCAAGGCUUUUGGAUCCCUUCUCGGCAUGUUCCCACUUCAUCCAUAAUCUCAUUUCAGAAAUAUUUCCAAGCUCUUGAUGAAGAUAUCAUUGUUGUCUCUAAGCCCAAAGCUGGCACCACUUGGCUCAAAGCUUUGGUGUUUACAAUUGUCAACUCUGCAAAUUCACAUCAACUGAUUUCAUUUUUUGAUGUUGAUCUUUACAAGGAAAAUUCUAAUCCUGAUCUCUUUAAAAUUCCAUCCCCAAGGUUUUGGAAUCCAUAUGUCAUUCCAAAGGUUCACCAACUUUCCGUUUCAAAUUCUCCAUCUCAAGCCUUUUUCUAA